UUUGAAAGUAUCAGAUUUAGAAGUAUAAAUCGUGUAUAACCUCACUUUCUCAUCAUUACAUCAAAAUGAAUUCUUUAAACAAAAUCAAUUCAUUAUGUAGAUUAUUAACUAAAACAACAUUAAAUAGUGGUGCAUUUUCAAACAAUUCAUCAGCCAUAAGAUGUUUAAGCACAACAGUACCCCGAAACGGUCUGAUGGAAUUUUUCGAUGACGAAAAGAACUGGGGCGCACAGGAGGUUAAAAGCGGACGGUCGUGGAAAAAAGAGGAGCUAAGAUUAAAAUCCAACACAGACUUGCACAAACUUUGGUAUGUCUUAUUGAAGGAAAGAAACAUGUUGCUCACAAUGGAGGAGGAGUGCAAAAGAGAAACUAGAAUGUUCCCAAGUCCCGAGCGAAUCGAUAAAAUUGAGGACAGCAUGGAAAAUUUGGAAGCUGUGGUUAGGGAAAGGAAUGAAGCUUACCACAAAUUGGAAACUGGUGAAACAGGGGAAAGACCUUCGAAACUUGUGACCAGUCGUCUUGGUUUGAAAUAUAAUUACAGGAUGUGUGAAUAUCCAAUUCCAAAGCGAAUGAACACUAAGUGGAAGGAGAACUACAAAUUCUAUGAGUAUGACAAAGAGGUUGAGCAAUUCAGGGAAAAACUUAACGAGAAGUUGUAUCUUAACAAAAGGAGAGCACAGAGAAGAAACUUUAAUCAUGUAAUUGGGCUUUUGAACAGAUUCCCUAAUAUUGAUUUGGAAGCUGUGAAACAACAAUAUCCUGAUGUUGAUAUAGAAAAGGCUAAAGCCAGUAGAAGAUAUGGAGGACAUUUUGCUCCCAAAUAAUUGUUGAUAGAUUUGUAUAUAGUUUUUACUGAAUAAAAAAUAUAUAUUAAUUUUGA